AUGGAGCUGGGCUUGAUUAAGCCGCUAUCACCUUCCGAAACGAAACGUUUGCGACCACUGAAAAGAGGGAAAACAAAAUGUUAUGAAAAAGCUUUGAAAAUACUAAUUAGUAAUUAUUCUACUCAUCCAAAGCUGGUUAUUUGUGCAACAAGACCAAAACGAACAAUUAUCGAGUAUUUUUCAAAGGACAAUUGCAUGUCAUUAAAAUUAAAGAACAAGAAGAAAUUUUCAUCCAGCGGAAAGCAAAACAAAAGAAAACGAUUCACUCAUGACCUUCAAUUUAAUCAUUCAAACGCGUUAAAUUUAGUCGCAAUUUCAAUGCUUGGUGAAAAACAGACGAGAGAGACAGAAAAAAGAACAAAAAAUAAUUGA